ACGCGGCGCCGUUACUCGCAGUCGGGCGGCGCAGGCGGCAGCGGCGGCACGGCGCAGAGCGCACACGGCGCCUUAGCAGCGGCGGCGGCAGCAGCAGCGGCGGCAGCAGCGCCGGAGGCACCCCUUGCCGUCACAGCCCCUGCGCGGGUGCAGCCAGCCUCGCUCCCUCGGAUCGUCCUCCCUCCGCUCGCACCAUGGCUGAUCAGCUGACCGAAGAGCAGAUUGCUGAGUUCAAGGAAGCUUUCUCCCUAUUCGACAAAGAUGGUGAUGGCACCAUCACCACGAAGGAACUCGGCACUGUCAUGAGGUCACUGGGUCAGAACCCAACAGAAGCGGAGUUGCAGGACAUGAUCAACGAGGUGGACGCAGAUGGUAAUGGCACCAUUGACUUCCCAGAGUUUUUGACUAUGAUGGCAAGGAAAAUGAAAGAUACCGACAGCGAGGAGGAGAUCCGCGAAGCAUUCCGAGUCUUUGACAAGGAUGGAAACGGUUAUAUCAGCGCGGCAGAGCUGCGUCACGUCAUGACCAACUUAGGGGAAAAGCUAACAGAUGAAGAAGUAGAUGAAAUGAUCAGAGAAGCAGAUAUCGACGGAGACGGACAGGUCAACUAUGAAGAAUUCGUACAGAUGAUGACUGCAAAAUGAAGACCUCCUUUCAACUCCUUUUUCCCCCCCUCUAGAAGAAAUCAAAUUGAAUCUUUUACUUACCUCUUGCAAAAAAAAAAAAAAAGAAAGAAAAAAGUUCAUUUAUUCAUUCUGUUUCUAUAUAGCAAAACUGAAUGUCAAAAGUACCUUCUGUCCACACACAACACACAAAUCUGCAUGUAUUGGUUGGUGGUCCUGUCCCUAAAAGAUCAAGCCACACAUCCGUUUUACACUAUACAUACUUGUACUACCUUAAGGUUAAGGAAGCCCUCGGGGACUCCUUCAGGUUCCAUUUGCUGAUGAUCCAUAACACACCGUGUGGGCUGGCCAGUUCGUCCUGCAUGAGCCUGAUGAUGAGCACAGUCAGGCGUUUGUAUUAAACCCCCCGCCCCAAGAAAAGGAAAAAAAAAACCCAAAAUAUAAAAAUUCAAAGCUUAGAUGGGUUCUAGUUCAAUUUGUUAGGCUAAAUUGUCACAGCUGGUUCAGUGCAAACAAAUGCGUUGAAAAUUGGUCAGCCGCAGGACGAUGUGCCGUGAUGUGGGUGGAGAAGAAGCUGGGGAGAAGCAGGCCCACUGGCUGGAUGGUAGUCCUGUAGAUCUGUGUGCUUCGACCCAGGGUGACAGUGACACAGCCCGGUGGCAUGAUGUGUGUAGGUUGGUUUAGCGUGUCUGCCUUGUGUAUAGAGUGGCACCGGGUGUCAGGCUGCUGUCAAUUGUUGAUGCUAAUUUUUAAUAAGAAACCUUUUCCAAGGGAGCACCUCUGAGGACUCUUAAAAACCUUCUGAAGCAUGACUUGGAGCCAGUAGAGUAGGCUGUGGCUGUGGACUCCGGCACACCAUCAACAUUGCUGUUCAAGAAGCUACAAUUUACAUCCAUUCCAAGUUGUAAAUGCUAGUCUUUUUUUUUUUUUUCCAAUAAAAAGACCAUUAACUUAAAGUGGUGUUAAAUGCUUUGUAAAGCUGUAAUCUAAAUGGGGACAAGGCCAGCGUCCAUCUAACAAGUGCCCCCAGCCUAGCUCUGGGCCCCCUCCCCCUCCCCAGGCCUGGACGCCAUCUGCUGAGCUGAAAACCAUCCCUAAAAACAGCUGUUUGCAGUGGCUUCCUCGUGCUCAUGGACAUCGGAGUCCAGUUGUACUUUCGUGGAGAGGAACAGGAAGGGGAAAAGCAAAUCUGGUGACUUCCUGGUCUGUGGAGCUGGGGGACAAACCACUUUAUCUCAAGCGUGAAUCCUGGGGGUUCUAGGCUGACCUGUUUGACGAACUGGAGGUUCUCUGGGCUGGAGUGAUGGGUGUCCCUGACUCGGUCAUUAGCUGUGUGCAACAAGCAGUAGUGCACUUUCCCAGGCCAGUCUUAAGGUCUAAGACGCCACCAGCGACUUUGGACGAGCAUACUUAACCUUAGGCUCCUUUAAAACCUCUUCCUUUCUGCUUCUCAUCCCCUCCAAGCCGCCUCACACGGAACUACUGCGAGCCUGUGGCUUGGAACUUGCUCCAGCCCAGAAUGAAUUUUGUGUCUAAUUAUAAACCUGCAGCCCAGAUUUAUACACAAGCUGGUACUUGUCUUUGGGAUCGGUCUGUGGAAAAAGCCCCUUGAAAAUCGGUGGUGUGCUGAGCGCCUUGUUGACGAAGGCUGGCUGUGUGUUGUUGUAGGUGUCAACUGGCUGUGAUUCCUUAGCCAGGACCUGGGGGUCACAGGUCUGUUGUGGGGUGGUUUGAAUCUGCUGGGGAUGAGCAGCAGGCUGCUAGUGUGGCAUCAAGAAGCUCUUGGCGUCCAUGUGGGUGCCAUUUAGGGCUGAUUCUGGAGCCGCCUGGGGCUCCUCCUCCUCUCCUACUCCCUGUCUCUCUGGCGUUUUGUAGCUGGUUAGAUUUUUCUGCUGGAGGGAUGGGUCAGAGCUAUGGAGAGGCCCUGGAUCUGAGCUUGGGCCUGGGGUAGUGGCUGGAGGAGAGGUUGACACCCCAAUUGGGUGGGCUUCCUCAGUUUGUUGAACCUGCCAGGGAUACCCAGAGCACCCUGGAAAGACGGUGUGUUGAGGGCUUCCAGCUUGGGUGAUUUUUUACCAGGGGUCACGUAACUUGUUGUCAGUGACCCCCACUUUGUCUUUUCAAAAGGAGGGCAGGAAGUGAUUUGACUCACUUUAACCCCCUUAGCCUUCUGUUCUGUUCACUCAGUCUUUCUAGAAGCUGGAUGAAUUCUUUCAACCGUCUGCAGCCUAGCCUUUUGGAACAGGGUUCUUGCAGGAACCCCACCCCAAGCUGCUGCCACAUUGGCCUCUGCCAGCCAGCCCUGAGUGGGUUCGGUGGUGGCAGUCUGCAAAGGAGAUACAGCUGGGUGUCGAGUCAGGACCCCACAACAUUGGUUCACAGCUGCCUGUAAACUCUUGCCCCAACUUUGAACCAUCCUAUAAAUAUAUACAUAGAUUUAUACAUAGGAAGCAUCUAGUUCUAACUGGCAUCCUGCUUUAGCCUGAGACUUGCCGAGUCCUUGGCAAACCCUUUUUGCUAGUUGUGAUGUCUGUCUCUUUGGGGUAGGUGUUAGGCCAAAGGAUCUCAAGUCUUCACAUGGGGUUUUGAGGUAGACCAUUUAUUGGCCAGAGCAGGCUUUUGUUUUGUUUUGUUUUUUUCUCUGAUUUUCUGACAACUUUUUUGCACACUUAAGUUGGUGUCUUUCAGCAACUUCAAACACAUUGAAAAAUGAGCUGUUGUACAUAUUUUUAUAUUCUCUUUAUAAAUGCAUGUGUGACCGUACUUGUAACCAAUGUUGAAAUGAACGGCCAUCUGCGAGGCCUACGCCUCUUGUCACUUCAGAGGAAUAACCCAUGAUUAGCCCUUCCGCAUCCUGGGAACUUUUUCCGGAACAAGGAAUGUCAAUUUGGUCAAGUCUAUACUCUUCCUUCAAUCAUUUUAAGCGUUUUGGAUUAUUUAUUGUAAAUCCUAAAUACAUCUAUCCUUUUCGGCAGUGACUUAGAUUUCCACUGACGUGUCUUAAACCUACCCCUUCAGCUGGCAGUAACACUUGUUCUUUUUAAGACUCCCUCUGAGCUGUCCCAAAGGAGACAGAAACCCUUUGCCGUUUGCAUCCUCUUCGGAGUAGGAAGAUAGUGCCGUGGGUGGCGGGGGUGUGCUCUCUCCAAAUCCAGACGGUGUUGGUCCUUAAACACGUGUGUGCGGCGAAGAUGGUGGUCCCCACGGCACCUUGGGAAGGCAAUGUAACCCGAAUGUUUCUCUGUAAAUCUCGCGAUGAACUGUUUGGAGAUUUUAACUGCCUCUCUGAUGGGGGACCAACUCUAUGGGAAAUGUAAAUAAGUUUUAUUUAUAAACCUGGCACUGUAUUCAAUAAACAUUUCUGCAGCCUUUCAUCUCUAA